AUGGUCUAUCCUACUACGAUCGAGAAGUGUCACCGUGUAACUGUCCUCGUGCUAAAGGGCUGCUCACCAGGCGUUGCUCGCCCAGGAGGGGCUGCUAGCAGAAAGAGCCUGAAGGCCGGCGGAUCCGAUCGCCCGGCUGCCGCGCCUGGGGUGCAGGCUCUCGCCCGCCCUCCCGCCGGACGCCACCAGCGCGGCAGGUGUGGCCCAGAGGCAGCGCGCGGACACGAACCUGUGGAUCCAAGUAGCACCUGUUGCAGCUGGGAAGUCAUUGCAGGAUCUUGGUCCAGUGUUUGGCAACAGUUUGAUCUGAAGAUGGCAGUUUGGGUGAUUUGGAGCAGCCUCAGCCUGCUGCGAGUGCUAUGGUGUCUUCUUCCGCAGACGGGCUACGUGCACCCGGAUGAGUUCUUCCAGUCACCAGAAGUCAUGGCAGAGGACAUCCUGGGCGUGCAGGCUUCACGGCCCUGGGAGUUUUACCCCAGCAGCUCCUGCCGCACGGUGGUCUUCCCACUGCUGACCUCUGGCUCUGCCUUCUGGUUGCUCAGGCUCUGGGAAGAGUUGGGACUGUGGCCUGGCCUGAUGAGUGGCUAUGUGCUGCUGGUAGGGCCCCGACUCCUCCUCACCACCCUCUCCUUUGCCCUGGAUGGGGCUGUGUACCACCUGGCCCCGCAGUGGGGGGCAGAUCGCUGGAACGCCCUGGCCCUGCUGUCUGGUUCCUACGUCACCCUGGUUUUCUACACAAGGACCUUCUCCAACACCAUCGAGGGACUGCUCUUCACAUGGCUGCUGGUGCUGGUGUCCCCUCAUGUGGCAUGGAGCCCCACAUCCAAGAAGCCUACCUCAUGUCCAUGGUGGUACAACUGGCUUCUUGGGGCCAUCGUGGCUGCUGGCUUCUUCAACCGGCCCACCUUUCUGGCCUUUGCUCUGAUCCCCCUCUUCGUCUGGGGCACUCGUGGAGUCAAGGACCCUGGCUUCAAGUCCCUGAUCUGGGAAGCUCUGGUGCUGCUCCCUGGGGCAGCACUCACUACAGUAGUAUUUGUGGCCAUGGACAGCUGGUACUAUUCCAGCAUCUCAAGAUCCAGUAGCCUUGUCCUUACACCUGUCAACUUUUUACAGUACAACCUGGAUCCCCAAAACCUUGCAAGGCACGGCACACAUGUGCGACUCACUCACCUAGUAGUCAAUGGCUUCCUGCUCUUUGGGGUGCUACAUGCCCAGGCACUACAGGCUGCUUGGCAACAGUUGCAAGUCAGCCUCCAGGCGUUUGCACAAAUGGGCCUCCAGAGGGCCCUACGGGCCCAGAGCCUGCUGUCCAGUCCCAGGUCUUACCUCCUUCUCCUCUACUUCAUGCCCCUGGCCCUGCUGUCUGCUUUUAGCCACCAGGAGGCUCGAUUCCUGAUUCCCCUCCUGGUCCCCCUAGUCCUGCUUUGUAGUCCACAAACCCAACCUGUGCCUUGGAAGGGGACCCUGGUCCUCUUUAAUGCCCUAGGUGCCCUCUUCUUUGGCUGCCUGCAUCAGGGAGGCCUGGUACCUGGCUUAAAAUACCUGGAACAGGUGGUCCAUGCACCUGUGCUCCCAGGCAUGCCAACCCACUACACACUCCUUUUUACUCAUACCUACAUGCCCCCCCAGCACCUCCUCCACCUCCCAGGCCUGGAGUCAUCUGUAGAGGUGGUGGACAUGGGUGGAAAUGAGGACUGGGUACUUUGCCAAGCACUUAACAACCUUACCAGACAACCAGCUUGCCAGGUGGCUGGUGGGCCAUGGCUCUGCCGCCUCUUUGUGGUGACCCCUGGGACGACCAGGCAUACCGUGGAGAAAUGCAGCUUUCCCCUCAAGAAUGAGACACUCAUGUUUCCCCACCUGACCCUGGAGGACCCACCAGUCCUGUCCUCUCUGCUGAGUGGGGCUUGGAAGGACCACCUUAGUCUUCACAUCAUGGAACUGGAGCAGCCACUGCCCAAGAUUCAGCUAUAGAAUCUAUGCUACUCCACCUUGUAUGAAGGCAGCUGGGCUGUGACAUUGCCAUAGGGCCCUGGUCCUCCUUCAGGAUCCCCACUGCUGCCUCUUCUGGGCUCAGCCAUUGGUUGUUCUGCCCUCUGGGUAAGCCCAUUCCCUUUUCCUUCAGACACCAAAGAUCUGACCAGUCAUGGUUCUGCUGCCAAGGUCCCAAUAAUCCCGGUAUAAUCAAUGGCACCUAAUGUCUGUUCCUGCCCUAUGCCUUCCAGCCACUGUAAUGUUUUAAAUAUACAAUAGUACCUGAUAGUGAAAAGACAAUGCACUGCUAAUCACGUUCCUGAAUGACCUUUCCCAA